AUGGACUUCGACAUGGAGGCGCGCACCUGGGCCGCACGAGCGCAGCCCGCGUUACGCGGACACCGCCUGGUGCCGCCGCUGCGCCGGCUGGAGGAGAGCCUGUGCCCGCGCCACCUGCGGCCGCUGGAGCGCUACUGCCGCGCGGAGCGCCUGUGCCUGUGCGAGGCCUGCGCCGCCCAGGAGCACCGCGGCCACGAGCUGGUGCCGCUGGAGCAGGAGCGCGCGCUCCAGGAGGCCGAGCAGCCCAAAGUGCUGAGUGCCGUGGAGGACCGCAUGGAUGAGCUGGGCGCCGGCAUUGCCCAGUCCCGGCGGACCGUGGCCCUCAUCAAGAGCGCAGCCGUGGCAGAGCGGGAGAGGGUGAGCCAGCUGUUUGCGGAGGCUGCAGCCACCCUGCAGGGGUUCCAGAAGGAGGUGCUGGGCUUCAUCGAGGAGGGGGAGGCCGCCAUGCUGAGCCGCUCCCAGGGCGACCUUCGGCGGCAGGAGGAGCAGCGCAGCAGGCUGAGCCGGGCCCGCCACAACCUCAGCCAGGUCCCCGAGGCCGACUCAGUGAGCUUCCUGCAGGAGCUGCUGGCACUCAGGCUGGCCCUGGAGGAGGGGUGCGGCCCCGGGCCUGGUCCCCCGCGGGAGCUCGGCUUCACUAAGUCAUCCCAGGCUGUGAAGGCGGUGAGAGAGGUGCUGGCCGCGGCCUGCGCCAGCCAGUGGGGGCAGCUGCGGGGGCUGAGCGGUGACGAGGACGGGCCGCACAAGCUCGGCCCAGAAGCCGACGCUGAGUCCCAGGACCCAGAUAACAGCAGCCACCUGGACAGCGAGGUGCCCCGGGAUUACUUCCUCAAGUUCGCCUACAUCGUGGACCUGGACAGUGACACGGCGGACAAGUUCCUGCAGCUGUUCGGAACGAAAGGCGUGAAGAGGGUGCUGUGUCCCAUCAGCUACCCCGAGUCCCCCACCCGCUUCACGCACUGCGAGCAGGUGCUGGGCGAGGGCGCCCUGGACCGGGGCACCUACUACUGGGAGGUGGAGAUCAUCGAGGGCUGGGUCAGCGUGGGCGUCAUGGCUGAAGAUUUCUCCCCACACGAGCCCUACGACCGGGGCCGGCUCGGCCGCAACGCCCACUCCUGCUGCCUGCAGUGGAACGGACGCGGCUUCUCCGUCUGGUUCCACGGGCAGGAGGCGCCCCUGCCGCACGCCUUCUCGCCCACGGUUGGGGUCUGCCUGGAAUAUGCCGACCGAGCCCUGGCCUUCUAUGCCGUGCGGGACGGCAAGGUGAGCCUUCUGCGCCGGCUGAAGGCCACCCGGGCCCGCAGGAGCGGCCCCCUGGCCUCUCCCGGGGACCCCUUCCAGAGCGUCCUGGACAGCCACUUCCCGGGGCUCUUCAGGAGCCGGCUGAAGCCCGCCUUCUUCCUGGAGAGCGUGGACGCCCACCUGCAGAUCGGGCCCCUCAAGAAGUCCUGCAUAUCAGUGCUGAAGAGGAGGUAAUGCGGGCGCCGGGCCUCGGCCGCUGCCUCGGCUCCUGGCGUGCGCGUCUCCGCAGCCCAUGCGUCCUCAGCAGCCUCAUUUCUAAAAGAACCCUUGGCCUCCCAGACCCUCUCAAGUGCCUCUCAGACCCCCCUCCCCCCACUGCAGGCCUUGUUUCUGGGAGAGAGAGCCACAACCAGGACAGAUCCAGGCCACCCCAAGCCCUCCUUUUCCAGGUGCCUAGGACAGUGCCUGGCACACAGUAGGUGCUCAAUAAACAUUUGUUGAGUGAA